AUGAAGAGAUCGGGCUACAUGACAGGACGCUCCCGGAGAAGCUCCUCCGGAGCCAAAGCGAAACCGCCUUUCCCCGCCCGCCAGAUGUUUGUUCUUGCCCUUUGCAGAAUAUGUGAACCCAUUGCGUUCAUGUCCAUCUUCCCCUACAUCUACUACAUGAUCGAGGACUUCCAUAUUACCGACGACGCGAGCAAAAUCUCGGUUUACGCUGGAAUGGUCACAUCUGCCUUUACCUUGGCCGAGUUCUCAACCGGAGUCAUGUGGGGAAGACUGAGCGACAAAAUUGGUCGUAAACCGGUUCUUCUCAUGGGCCUCGCAGGCACGGCACUGAGUUCCCUGGUCUUCGGCUUUGCGCCCAACUUGGCUGUUGCUCUAAUUGCGCGCGCCCUCGGUGGCUUGCUGAACGGCAAUAUCGGUGUGCUGCAGACUACUGUUGCCGAGUUGGUUACGGUAAAGGAACACCAGCCCCGCGCAUACACAAUCAUGCCUCUAGUGUGGUGCCUUGGUUCUGUUGUUGGACCGAUGAUCGGAGGAGCGCUCGCUCGACCAGUCAUCGCCUACCCCAACUGGUUCGCCAAGGAUACGAUUUGGGACAAAUAUCCUUAUCUCUUGCCCAAUCUUUUCAGCGCCAUCACCGUAUUCUUUGGCGUCGUUAUCGGGCUGCUUUUCUUGGAAGAGACGCACGCGGAGCGCAAGAAGAGAAGUGACCCUGGCGUUGAGCUCGGAAAGCGCAUCAUCUCUUGGCUGUCCUUCACCAGCUGUCAGAUCCCCGCACGAAAGGCAGAGAAGCAGGCCCUGCUCGACGACGACGAGCUUCCUGGCUACCGCACGACCGAGAGCUCGCCCCAGCUUGUCGGAUCUUCGUCUUCCAUCCCCGAACCAACGGAAUCCCUGGAUCUGAGUGCUGUGCCGGACGAUGUGGUCGAGGAAGCGCCAGCUCAAGAAAAGACAUUCACAAAGCCGGUUGUUCUCAACAUCAUUUCCUACGGCAUUUUGGCCUUCCACACCAUGACAUUCGACCAGCUAUUUCCCGUCUUUCUUAGUACUGCUUCACCUAAUGAGAAGGAUUUCCAUCUUCCUUUCAAGUUUGUCGAUGGCUUUGGCAUGCAAACUAAGGACAUUGGUGUUAUCCUCUCUGUUCAGGGUUUCUACUCGAUGAUCUCGACGGUUUUUCUCUUCCCCUUGGUUGUUCGCCGCCUCGGGCCCCUGCGCCUAUUCAGGAUGCUGGCUGUCUCGUACUUCAUGCUGUACCUCAUGACUCCAUACUUGGUUCUCCUACCGGACAACCUGAGAAUGAUCGGUAUCUACAUCAUGGUCAUAUGGAAGUGCACAUUCUCGACCAUGGCCUACCCCAGCAACGCGAUUCUUCUUACCAACUCCGCACCAAGCCUUCUUUCUCUCGGUACCAUAAACGGCGUGGCGGCUUCCACGGCUAGCUUGUGCAGAGCUUUGGGACCGACAGUGUCGGGUUUCCUAUAUUCUUUGGGUCUCAAGACCGGCUACUCAGGACUCGCUUGGUGGACCAGCGGUGCCAUUACCAUCAUUGGCGCCGUCCUCAGCAUGUACGCCACCGAGCCCCGUGGGCGCUUAGAUGAGCCAACACAGGAUAUCGAAACGGCUCUCGAGCCCAGCGAGACGGAGGGCCUCCUGGCCCCAAUGGACGACGACGAAGAGUACGAGGCUGAAGCCGGCCCAAGCUGCAGGCCUUAG